AAGAAGAAAAAUUUUUAGGUUAUGGUUAUGUUAUAUUUGUGAUUGAUUAAAAUAAAUACCUGAUCACAAUACAGCCCUGUGUUCAUUGAUAUUUAUUUUGGAAAUUGUUUGAAAAUUAUACAACAUGGCUAAUUCUAUGGUACAUUGCCAAUUGUGGAUGGGUAGUCUGGAAUCUUACAUGACAGAAACAUUUAUUCUUAAUGCUUUCCGGAAAAUGGGCGAGAGUCCUCUUAGCAUAAAAAUAAUGCGUAAUAAAUUUACUGGAGAAGCGGCUGGAUACUGCUUUGUACAUUUUGCCUCUGAUGAAGAAGCUAUUAAUGCAAUGCACAAACUUAAUUCUAAACCUAUUCCCAAUACAAAUCCUAUGGUUCGAUUCAGGCUCAACAAUGCCAGUAAUUCCGGUAGAUCCUUUAUUGAUAGAGAGUUUUCUGUCUGGGUUGGAGAUUUAAGUUCAGAUGUAGAUGAUUAUAACUUAUAUAGAGUAUUUUCUUCAAAAUACAAUACCAUCAAGACAGCAAAAGGUAGGACAAAAGAUAUGAAAAUAUAGAUAUGUAAAUCAUUAACCAUUUUGAAUCUACAUUGAUGAAUCUUUUUAUGUGUUACAAGUAGCAUUAUUAUCCCCUUUAAGGUCUAUUCUCAUUAGAUGUGCCAUUCGCGCUCGUAGCAUGCUUUCAGCGGUAUUUUGCACAGGCAGUCGGUUAGAUGUGUCGGUGGGUAGUUAUGCAGUUGUAAUGUUUUCCACUUCAACUUUAGUAAAAAUUGCAUUUUUUACUUUGGAUGCCGAAGAAGAGAAUAUAAGAGAUAAAGUUAAAAAAGAAGGUUUUGGAUACAUCCAAUGAUUAAGAAAAGAAAAAUAGAAGGAGAAUACUAUACCUUGUAUAAAGAACUUAUGGAUGAUGAGUCAAAAUUUUAUAUAUAUUAUAGAAUGUCAAUUGCCGAAUUUCAGCAGAAUUACCAACAGAAUGCGAUUUUGAACAAAUUGCCAAAUAAAUUUUGGUUGUCGUGGAAUUUUCCCAAGGGCAUUAGGAGCCCUAGAUGAAAAUCACAUCAAAAUUAUAGCACCAAUCAAUAGUCUUUCCAGCUACUUUAACUACAAAAAGAUUUUUUCUGUAGUUCUACUUGCUUUAGUAGAUAUGUCGUUCGACUUGCUUUAGAAAAUCACUAUAAACCAUUUUUGCCCUUAAAAAACUUACUUCCUCCAUUUUCCGAACUCAGGUCGCCCGUAAAUUAUUUUUUCUUUUAUUUCUGUCAUAUGAUCUUUCUUUUCCAACGAGUUUCAUCCUACUAUUAUUUUUUUUGUUUGAAAUAUUAUCGGCAGUGGUCUAUUACCUAGAUAAAAUAUAGUGUUUUAUUUACCUAUUUUAAUUUUUUCUUCAAUAUCCUACCAUACCUGAGACUUAUCUGCUGCAUCUGCAUACAGUCGAUUCAUAAAAUCGUAUAAUUCACUUCUCUCAUGAACUAAUUCUAUUAAAAAUUCAUCAGUAUCAUGUGAAAAUAAUUUUUUCGCACCAUUUUGCCCGUCGAAACUCGUCUGAAGUAGUCACACUAUGUAGGACUGUGCAAGGAAUGUGCCAGGCAUGGGCUAGGAAAAUAUUGUUUGAAAAGAUUGUUCGAUGCUGGGCACGGACCGUUCCCACUCCAAGCACUUGUAGUGAGAACGGACCGUUGGUAAACCCAUUUAAAUAACGUUAAAGUAAUUUUGCACGUCUCGAGCAGGGCACAUGCCUGGCACUAUAGUGAGAAUAGGCCUUUAGUCUUUUAUUCAUCCUGUAAAACUGUCCAGUCUUGAUCUAUUGUGUUUCUGCACUUUUCAUUUCAUUUGUAUCUGCUAGAAUUUUUGUAAUGCCUUUUGAUCUGACUUAUAGGAUGCUUUUCUAGGUUUUUCAAGUUUUACAAUUCUCCUUAUAUAGAACUUCAUGACAAAAAAACUGCAUUAUUUUCUGAAAGAGAGCAGAUAACUUCUUGAACUCGAAUCAGUGUUAUACAGUAGGCUUUUAUGUUUCCGUCAUUGUAGUUAAUUUGAACAACAAGUCAUUAAGUAUUUUUGUGUAAGAACGAUCUAUAGAUUCAUCAACUAUGAGACUGAACUGUUACUAAAUUCUUUCCUUUUCUUUAGCACAUAUUACAUUUAUAAUAAUUAUAGACUUUAUUUUUUUGCAUCCAUACUUUGUUAGCACAGUCCAAACAUGUUAUCUAUAUUAACAACUUCACUGUCCAAUGAAUUAUGUAUGAUUCAAAUGUGAUUCAAGAGUAGGUCUUAUUCUAUAGGCAGUUUUAAAAAAGAACAUGAUGAUAUUUAUUACACACAAGUAAAAAGUUAGUAAAAUAUUACAUACCUAGUACUCUUAGUUUUUUUAUAUUAUACCAGUAAGGUAAAUAAUUGCCAUUUAUAUAGAAAUUAAAAAUAUAAAACACUUUAUGGGGUGUAUUAUAAAAUAAUUAUCAUUUAUAAAUUGAACCAAUUUAUUUUAUUAAACAUUCUUUUUGUAGUAGUUUCCAUCAAUUCUUCUCCAUGGCAUGUGCUAAUCAUCAGGACAUCUCAUUUAUCAAGUUUAUCUUUUUCUCAUUGCUACUCCUCCUUUCUGUAACUUGGAUUCUGUUACACAUAGUGGUAAAUCCACUGUUUUUUUCUUAAAGUUCCACAUAAAUCUGGUAUGUGAUCCUUUAAAAUAACUUGCUAAUGAUUAGCUGUUAUAAUAGUUAUCUGUAAUAAUGAGGCGCCCUUCAUUCAGUAGAGGCUCACAUAAUUUAUCAAUGGUUUUUCGGGUUUAUCAAGAUUUUCUAUUUCAGUAGAAGCACCUGAGUAAAGUUCAUAUGACCAUGUGCAGCUGUUGAUAGUGCAUAAAUUAUAAAUCUUGAGACCAUACCUACUCGCUUUUCAUGGUUUGUAUGUUUUUAUUUGAAGCCUUCCAUUAAAUUUCACCUUAUAUUUAUCCACCACAAGUAUUUCUCUAGGGAUGUAUAAACUAUGAAACCUAUCUACAAUAUUCUUUAAAAGUGGAUAAAUGUUUUUAGUUUUGCUAUCAUUAUUUGGUUGAAUUUUAGCAAAAUGCCAACAUCU